AUGGAUGUGCCAAAUGCACUGAUGAGGCCGCCUGAUUCAGUCCCUCAUCUUUCGAGUACCACGGCACUAACCAAUUCCCACCAUACCCAAGAUAACCACGACCUGGCACUAAGACUUGAAGACCCAAUUGUGAUAGAAGGUGAAGAGGAUGCGGAUGGUGAGAUAGAUGAAGAUGAGAACAACCAAGAGAACAUAGAUGAUUAUGAUUUCAUUGUAAAAGAUUUGACAGGAGGCAAAAGCGAUCUUAAGCUUUGUGACACAUCAAACAAUCAAAGAGCUUGCUCUGAAGUUAACACUUCGAAUAAUUGGUUAACAAAUACAUUGAAUAAUUGA